CAAAAGAAAAUUGGAAUAUUGAAAGCAGCCAGCCCAGCCACACCUGAAUUGCAGACACAGCCGAGAACAAGAAAAACCAAAGGCGCACUCAUCACCGUUCAAUUCAUCCGAUCACUCGCCGGUGCCGGAACCUUAUUUCACCUCUCUGACGGUCGCGUUGUAUCCACGCACAGCCACGUGUAUACCUAGCUUUUGUAUACGUGUGAGUAGCUCCGUCAACCAUUGGUUUGCGAUUAAAACUAUGGUUUGCUGUGAUUGUUGGUGAUGGAGUUUGUCCGGCCGUAGGCUGUUGAUUGUCUCGUAAUUUCAGGGGUGACUAGAGGAACUCGAUUAGCCCGUUUUAACUUUUUUUGGAGGUGUCAUUAUUAAACACCAGCUGAGGAUGGAAACAAAACGAGCUUUAUCCAUUCAGAGGCCAGGUGGAAGACAGCUGGAUAAUUGUGGGGCCUCUGGAGCUCAACUUCCUGCAUUGCCUGUUUUCCCGACUUCUCUAGAGAGAGAUUUUCCCAAUUACUCCCAAUCCCAGCAUGUUCACCUCGAGAAGAGACUCGACUCAUCUUUUCCUUCCAACAACGGGGUUGCUGGCCAUAUAUUUUCUUCAUCCUCCCGAUUUUCCAAUGAUUUUCUUUUUUCCUCUGCCCAACAGCAAGAAAGUCAAUCCCUGUUUGUUACUCAGUCAACAGAUACAGGCUCGUCAUUUCUAGCACCACAGUGCGUUGACACUGGAGUCCAUGUGUCAACUGCAUUGUGCCAGUAUAAUAGAGAGAACAUGAAUGGCUCGUGGAGUGCUGAUACACUGUCUGAGUUUUUGGAGUUUCCAUUAACCAAUACCGUCCCGAGUAGUCAACUUGCUGAGGAUCUCGAAAAACCAAAUGACUGGCAGGAUUGGGCUGAUCAACUUAUAGGUGAUAAUGAUGCUUUGACUUCUGAUUGGAGUCAGAUUCUUGCUGAUGCAAAUGCUGCUGAUCCACAGGUAUUGUGUCAAACAUCCAAACAGUCAACUAGUUGUGUCUCGAUGAAACCCCAUAUGCCACCAGCUGAAGCUCAAGAGACAUGCAAUGCUGCUGUUCAGUCCACACCUAGUAGUUGUUCUGCUGGAAAGCAGCGCAUGCGUUGGACCCCAGAACUUCACGAGUCUUUUGUAGAGGCUGUCAACAAACUUGGUGGAAGUGAAAGAGCUACUCCUAAGGGUGUCCUGAAGUUAAUGAAACAUGAAGGCUUGACAAUCUAUCAUGUUAAGAGCCAUCUACAGAAAUACCGCACAGCUAGAUACAAACCUGACUCUACAGAAGAAUCUUUGGAAAGAAAAGCGACCUCUAUUGAAGAACUUCCAUCUCUGGACUUGAAAACGGGUAUUGAGAUCACUGAAGCUCUGCGGUUGCAGAUGGAAGUCCAAAAAAGGCUUCACGAACAACUUGAGAUCCAAAGAAAUUUGCAGCUUCGAAUAGAAGAACAAGGGCGAUACCUUCAAAUGAUGUUCGAGAAGCAACAAAAGUCCGGCAUAGAGAUAGAGGGGCUCAAAGAAAUUUCAUCGGCCGAUGAAAAGGAGUCGACAAAUGAAGUUGUUGAAAAUGCUAUAAGAGAAGUUGAGGCUCCAACAUCCAAGCGUGCUAAAAUGCACGAGUAGGCCAACUAUCUUCUAAUUUACUUUCCAGACUAAAAUUAUAUUUCUUGGCCUGUGUAUCCUUCUCUGAAGGGACUAAAGUGCAAAACUUGGUGAGGAGCCAUGGAAUUUCAGUCCUGUCGGCGGAUGAUGAACCCUUGUGGGCUUUUUUCUAUAAACCUAGGUCUUAAAGAUUUGAUAUUCAUGAUUUGUUAUGGUUUUAGACUUGAAUCGAGUAAUAUCUGUAGGGGAAAAUGGAGAAGACCUUCAAGACCAGAAGCAUGGUUAUGAUUUUUCAGGAUUUAUUGUACCAUAGAGAAAAUUUCGAGAAGAUAGCUACAGAGAUAUAAUUAAAGAGUCUAAUCAGUAAU